UUAUUCUACAAGGCCCUUUGAUUCAGGUAAGAGAUCUGUUGGUUUUUUUUUCCAAAUUCUGGGUUUAGAAUUUCAGAUUUCCAUCCUGUCGCCCUUCUCUGUUCUGAGAGUUGCAGCCAUCUGAUGGUCUUGAAUUUUGGAUCGAGUGAUAGUCUCAUCUAUAAGGAGGCUCAAUACUAAUCUGAGCAUAAUCAGACCAGCCGAUUGUGAAAUCUGGAAAGUCUCCUAUUCUGGCCGAUUCUGUUUCCUGCCCAGAAUUCUGAUUCUCUUGAUACUGUGUGUUGUUACUGGUGGCUGAUCAUAUACUUCACUGUUUAUGCUUGUUAGUUGAAGAGUUCAACCCCUAAACCCUUGGCUGUUAUUCUGUUUCAGAAUUUCUGAGUUGUUGAAAUCGAUUGCAAGCGUCAUAUUCUGUUAUCUCGGUUUUUACCACCAUACUGUGCUUGAUUUAUUUGGGUAAUUUUGGUUGUUCUUUGGUUUACAAGAUCCUGUUGUUUGGGUCUAAUUUGGCUUGUCAAAUCUAUCCCUACAUUACCCCUGUUAGAUGACAAUGUUAGUGGGGUGUUAGUUUUGAAUUGUAAAAGACAAUUUUAGCCUUUUUUAAUCCAACCACGAUGCAAAUACCUGUUUUACCCCUAUAUGUCCUCUCAUACCAUUUUUACCAAAUUGAAGAGAGAUUAGGUAUGAAAUGAAAACCUGAGGGAGGAGAUUAGAUGCCUAAGACGGGAAUGAGCGGAAUCAAUGUGUUCCAAUUUCUGGCCUUGCACCGACCAUCCAAUGGACCAUGGACUAAACGGUCACUGCCUGAAAGGACUAUGUCCAGGGGACCACCGCCCCCCCCCCCCCCCCCCCCCCCCCCCCCCCCCCCCACAAGGUACAUCUCGUGCCUAUGGGCCGCUAUAACUAUCCAAGAACACAACCGAAACUGGAAGGGUAAACAAACCCACCUGGUGGAUUGUCGAGCUGAGAAGAAAAAGGUGGAGAAAAAUGAACAUGGUAAAAUGAAAAUCUAAGCUGAAGAAGUAAGAAUCAAACGAGAUAAUGGAAGAAAAUGGUGUCUGAGUCUACCACUUUUGCUAACAGAACCUGAUGAUGAUGUAUCUGAAUUUGAAGAAGAGGAGGACGAGAUGAACCUACUUGAAUGGCUUCCUAAUCAAUCUGAGGCAAGCAUUUCUCUGUUUUAGGAACACGAAUUUGACAUUUGUAACAUAAAAUUUGAGAAACAGAGAAACCAAAAAAGAUGCUAUAAGAAUGCAUUUAAAAGACCAAAAAAUAACAAGGGAGAGGAUUACCUAGAUCGAUUAUCGGAAGCGGACAGAUCUGCUGGACUUGGACAUCAUCAAGGGUCGGUUGUCACUCUUACAUCAUUUGCAGAUGCAUAAGUGACCUUUUUUGUUUUUCUUUUGUGAAACAGAAGUGACCCACUUUAUAUAUUAAAAAGGAAACAUCCAGGACCGUUCUUGAUUUUUGUCAAUCCCAAUUGGAAAAUUUGCAUCAAGAUUUCUUUGAAUUGUUGGGUUUUCAGAUCAAAUGGGCAGCUGGUGAGUCGAUUGAUCCAGCAAGGAAUUGGUUUCCCAGUCAAUCUGUGGCAAGCGUCAUUGCAGAAGUGAUUACAGUUCUUGCUUAUGAGAUUGUAAGUGUUUCCUCUGUAUUCCUCUGUAUUCCUCUGCUAGCUACUCCAUCUAUUCUUGGACCUCUUUAGGUAUUGGAACCUAAAUUUGUUCUCCCAAUUAGUAUCGAUUUCCUAAGGGAGGAGUGUAGAGGCCUUUAUCGCCACUAAUUCAAGGGAUUGAGGGAAAGACGAAACCUAGAAGAAAGUAUGUGUCACCUGCCAAUGAUCCACUAGAAGAGAGAAGGUCUGAAGGUCUUGGCAGCACCAGGGCUUCGAUCACCAUUGGCCAUUCGUCGUUUGUUGUUCGCUGUUCGCCAUUUCGAUUUUCAGAAUUUGGAAAGAUGUAUAUCAGGGUAAAGGGUGAAAGAGUAAAACUACAAUAAUGAGGGUACGGUAAAAAGUUAACAGAGUGAGCCUACUUGUAUAAUUUAACAUACUACAAGGGAGGUGGAUGUAAUUUCUGAAAACACAGGGGAGGAGAUGUAAUGAGAGCAAAGUGAAGAGGAGGGGGAUGUAAAUUACUUAUAUAUAGAUAUUAUACAUUAUUGUAGCUGUUGAGCUUGACAUAUGGGAUCGGUAUCCUCGACUUGAUACUUCUUUUUUCCAUUGAUUACAAGGUUAGUUUCUGAAAUUUUGCUCUAUUCUUUUAUUUUCUCUUCUGAAUUUCUGUUUCAAGUUCUAGUUACAGUAUUAGUUCCAAAAUCUGAUGUUCCUAAUCAAAACUUGAAAUCCUAUUGCUACCAUACUUUUUCUGUAGUAGCUCCAUGUUCAUUGGUAAAGUUUCUCCAUGUGACCAAGUGGUCAUGGAUUCAAGUCAGGAAACAGCUUCUCCGUGAAGUGGGGGGUAAGGCUGCAAACAUUAUGACCCUCCCUAGAUCUUGCAGUGGCGGGAGCCUCGUGCACUAGCGACACUGUCAAUUUUGGCCACGUAACCUUUUUUUGGAAUGGGAACUGGUCAGGGUACUUUAACCCUGAAAUGGAGGAGUAUGUGGAAAUUCCAAGUGAUAUUGGAAUUACAUCUACAGCCGAAGAUGAAGGCUUUGCAGAUUGCUGAGAAGGCAAGAGAUGCAAUCCUUAGUGGCAAGUUUCACCAGGUACGAGUCAACCUGCCUAAUAGUGACAUGGUGGGGCACACAGGAGACAUCGAAGCAACCAUUGCUGCUUGCACGGCUGCUGACGAAGCUGUCAAGGUAAUGAUUGAUGCCAUAGAACAAGUGGGUGGAAUUUAUGUUGUUACUGCAGAUCAUGGGAAUGCUGAAGACAUGGUGAAGAGGAACAAGAAAGGGGAACCUUUUUUUGACAAAGAUGGCAACAUUCAGAUACUCACCUCUCAUACUCUUCAACCUGUACCGAUUGCAAUUGGAGGCCCUGGUCUAGCACCAGGUGUUAGGUUCAGAAAAGACGUUUCAGGUGGAGGUCUUGCCAAUGUUGCUGCAACUGUUAUGAAUCUUCAUGGAUUUGAGGCUCCAAGCGACUAUGAACCAACUCUGAUUGAGGUUAUUGAUAACCAAGCAGCAGUAUAACCUCUUGAUGUUAUUUCUCAAUGUUAGACUCAGUGAGGCAAAGCAUGCGGAGUAGACUAUUUACUGUGUUCCCAUGAAGGUUAAAUAAUUUUUCGCUUUAAGAAUCCUCUUCUGUUAAAAAGAUAUUGGCUUGCAUAGAAAGGUUGAAGGGUCUUUGGUACGUUUGCCCCUUUAAUGAUAGGUUGCAGUUCCAUUUUUCUC